GGGAAGUUUGAUAAGUUACACUCAGUUUGUCGUCUGGUCCCAAACUUGGACGCCGAACUCUGUGGAGAGGGAUUUCAAUUAAACCUAGGGGAAAGAGUCCCGCCGGGCUCAGUUUUUCCUCUCUGUAACUUUCCAGCAAAGGGUCCUUGAGGAUGGGUGAUUGGAGUGCUCUUGGACGUUUGUUGGAUAAGGUCCAGGCAUACUCCACCGCCGGAGGCAAAGUCUGGCUCUCGGUCCUUUUCAUCUUUCGAAUCCUGGUCCUAGGCACGGCAGUCGAAUCGGCCUGGGGGGAUGAGCAGUCUGCCUUCAAAUGUAACACCCAACAACCUGGUUGUGAGAACGUCUGCUAUGACAAAUCCUUCCCCAUCUCACAUGUCAGAUUCUGGGUCCUGCAGAUCAUCUUCGUCUCAACCCCGACACUACUUUACCUGGCGCAUGUCUUUUACCUGAACAGGAAAGAACAGAAGCUGAACAGGAAGGAGGAAGUGCUUAAAAGUGUACAAAAUGACGGCGGAGAUGUAGACCUCCCUCUAAAGAAAAUUGAAAUGAAAAAGCUCAAGUACGGUAUCGACGAACACGGUAAAGUAAAGAUGAAGGGCGCGUUACUCCGUACCUACAUCGUCAGCAUUUUUUUCAAGUCCAUGUUUGAAGUGGGUUUUCUCGUGAUCCAGUGGUACAUAUAUGGCUUCAGCCUGGCGGCUGUCUACACCUGCGAGAGGGCUCCGUGCCCGCAUAGGGUGGACUGUUUCUUGUCACGGCCCACAGAAAAGACAGUCUUCAUAAUCUUCAUGCUGGUGGUCUCACUGGUUUCCUUGCUGCUGAACGUCAUUGAGCUCUUCUACGUGUUUUUCAAGAGGAUCAAGGAUCGCGUGAAGGGCCAACAACAGCCGGCUCUCUUCCCUAGCGGAGGAACACUCAGCCCAACCCCCAAGGAACUCUCCACCACCAAGUACGCUUACUAUAACGGCUGUUCUUCACCUACCGCCCCACUUUCGCCAAUGUCGCCCCCAGGUUACAAGUUAGCCACAGGUGAGAGGGGGACGGGCUCCUGUCGCAACUUUAACAAACAGGCCCAUGAGCAGAACUGGGCCAACUAUUCCACUGAGCAGAACCGCCUCGGCCAGAUUGGAGGAGGUGGUAGCACUAUUUCCAACUCCCACGCGCAAGCAUUUGAUUUCCCCGACGAUACCCACGAGCAUAAAAAACUCUCCUCGACGGCAGGACACGAGAUGCAGCCUCUGGCGCUGAUGGACGCCAGGCCCUGCAGCCGGGCUAGCAGCCGGAUGAGCAGCCGGGCAAGGCCGGACGACCUGGAUGUGUAAACCUGGCCAGCGGCCCUGAGAAUCAGGAAACAAUCACUUAGGUUUAAACAGGAGUUGGGGUUAACCUCAACUACUGUCUUAUUUGUCAUAGAGACUCUUAGUUCAUCAAGAGACCUUAUAACUUGUCACGUAACACUGUCAGAAGGUACAAGUUGAAAAUAGUUUUUGAUGACUUACCAGACGCUUCUAUUACUUAACCUAGCCUUAACAGAGCCCACCCGUAGAAAUGGGUGAAAGGCAAAGGUGAACUGAGAUCAAUUCCAAUCUAGAGCAGUGGAAAACACUGGUCUUUUUUUUUUUUUUUUUAAUGAAGUUUAAAAUUGUUUAAAAAUGUUUAUUUUUUAAGGUGCUAUGAAAUGGUGAGCAAUGUAAAAAAAACUGCACUAAUGCAACUCUUACAUGUAGAAACCGAAUUCGGUAAUCAAAUCUAGCUUCUUUUUUUAACCAUUUCAUAGUUAUUCCACCCUCAACAAUGCCUCUGGGAAUGCCCACUUUAUUUUCGGAAAUUCUGGUUGAGGCAAAACAUCACUAGCUUUCUAGUGCUGCGCUAGCUAGCACAUGUUACAAGCAAAAAAGAGAAUGCUUAGUAUGCUAGCAGACUAUAAAAAUCUGUAGCUUAUAUUUGGAGAUUGUUUUUUGUGGACUAAUUAGGAUCUAAUUUAAUUAUUAGACCUUUUGUGACACUUUUUUGGAUGGAUUUGUGACCAAAAUAUGGUCUGCUAUCAUUUUAAAGUCAUCUAUAGUAUUUCAUAGCACCUUUAAGGCAAAACACUGCCAGUGGUGGUUGCCAGAGCUGUAGUUUAAAACAAAACAAACAAAAAAAAAAAAAAAACGUGUAAACUGUAAAAGGUUUACUGUCAAAUUAACAAGUACCGUAAAAAGAACUACAUUUUAACAUGAAACAAAUGGAAAAAAUAUGUACCGCAUUUUCGCGACCAAAGGGCACAUUGUAUUAAAAGGUGCAGGCUCAUUUUUCGGGUGAAAAUUUCUUAUUUAGCUCACACACAAGGCACACCGCAUUAUUGAGUGCAUGAAAAACAUAGCUAGCAUGCAUGCUAGCAUGGGCGUUAGCAUGCAGGCUAGCGUUUUUUUUGUUUUUGUUUUCAUUAAGGAAGUGGGUGCAAAACUGAGUUCAAUUGUACUUUAUUCAAGAAUUUAGCAAAGUACUUACAUCAAUCUUAAUCGAUCCACAAAUGCAUCAAAGUACUCAUCUUCUGUAUCCGAAUUGAACAGCUAGGCUAAGUCUCCAUCAAACAUGGCAGCUCAACUGUUCUUUAAUGUCUUCCUCUUAAAAAUCACCAUAAGUGCAGUUUCUUUUUGUUUUGGGUAGGUGAUAAACUUGAGUUUGAACUGGCUUCGUAAGAGUCUUUUCGCAGUAGAUGACAUUUUCGAGGAUCGUUCACCAUACCAAUGUUGUUUAGCCUAACGCACACACACGAUUAUUACAGCUACUGGGGGUACACCUCCUAUCACAUCCAACCUUCUCCCUUUAAGGUUCUCAUGCGGCUCUCACUUACGUCCGCCUUUUCAAAAAUUGCUCAGACAGACACAUUUUGGUACUCAGUCCACACAAUAGGUGCACCGUCCAUUUUGGAGGAAAAUUUUGACUUUUAGGUGUGCCUUGUGGUCGUGAAAAUACAGUAUGUGUUACCAGCGGCAGUCACCAGUGGUGAAGACACUCCAUUUCUCAUUCUGCCCCCUGUUCAACCAAGGUUUGAACCACCACUGCAGUUGAGCAGGUUGCUUUUUCAAGUUCUAAGAGAGUAAGGUGUUACUAACUUUCUACACACACAAGUCUUUCAACAAUCAGUCUUCAGUAACUCAGGGAGUCCUUGAGUUAUGAAAUAGUUCAGUUCAUACGCUGGCGAUGAAAUCCAAAUUUCUGUCAAAUUUCACCGUUAAAGUUGAAAUUUCAAUUCAAAAUUCUGUGUAUGAAAAAACAAAAA